CAGUGCAAAAGAGGUUAGUUUAGUGAAAACAGCAAUAAUAAUCAUCGUUAUUAUUGUUAUAAUAAUAAAAAUAAUAAUUGUAUAGUGAUUUACUCAUUUAAUUGAUUGUGAUUCAAUUAUCUCUAAAAUAUUACAUAAUCGGUGAUUAAACUCUCUGAUUUGAUAUUAUCAAAUAAAUAUGUAGGAGUAUUUCUAAAUUUUUUACGUGAUUCAUUAUCUCAUAUAAAUAAUACAAUAAUUGAUGUGCCAACAAGCAUACGUAUUGAGAAUAACAAUAUGUUUUUGAUCGAGAUAAAAGCAGCGUAAUACAGUUUAUUGGCAUAUCUAUGUAUUAUGUUGUUUAUUAACUCUAAUAAGGUAUGAAUAUCAUCAUUAAGAUAGCAUAAAGUUGAUUUAUCUAAUAGUCAUUUAUUUGAUAUAAUGACAUUUAAUGGGUUACGAUAAAUAUUUAUGAAUGGGUUUCAACUUAUAGAUGUUCUAGUACAAUCAAUAUUAAUUAAUGUUAAAUAUCCUCCAUGUGGCAUGGCUUUGUGGAACGGAAGACUAGGUUGGCUAGGCAAAUUAGGCCUACUACUAUUAAUAACAUGGCAACUUGUUCUAAUAAUCUCUGUAUAUUAUGUAAGAGAAAAUAAUUUAUCUGGAGACAAUGCUGGGGUUCAAGAAAAAGAAAAUACCGCCAAAUUAUCAGAACUGAUGGAAGAAUUUGCCAUUCUUAAAAAGCAAAAUGAAGCGUUAUCGGAUAUUAUUAUGAAUAAUAAUAUGAAAAAACAAGGCUUAGAAUUGAAUUCUGUAGAUUUUGAAAAUAUUCAACAAUUAUCUAAUAAAAUUAAAGAUGAUAAGGAGCCUACAUUAGAGUAUGAAGAGCUAAGAAGAAGAGUUAAAAAUAAUGUUCAAGAAAUGUGGUAUUAUGUAAAUGCAGAAUUACGUAAACUAAAAAAAUAUGUAGAUGAUUUUCCAUUAGAUAAACGAGGCAAAGAUGUUGAAGAUGCUUUAAAAAAUGUAUGGGAACAUAAAAAAUCUUUAAUGCUCGACUUAGAAAGACUGAAAAAAGCUGAUGGCCAUGAAGAGUGGAGAGAAAAGGAGGCUAAAGAAUUAUCUGAAUUAGUUCAAAAAAGAUUCUGGCAUUUACAAAAUCCUAGCGAUUGUAAUAGUGCACAGAAACUAUUAUGUAAUUUAAAUAAAGGAUGUGGAUUUGGCUGUCAAAUUCAUCACUUGACUUAUUGUUUUCUGGUAGCUUAUGGUACACAAAGAACAUUAAUAUUAAAGUCGAAAGGCUGGAGAUACCAAAAAGAUGGAUGGGAAUCAGUUUUUAAACCACUGAGUGAAACUUGUCUUUCACCUAGUGGUGUUUCUCAUUCUAACUGGCCUGGAGAUCCUUCAAAACAAGUUGUUUCAUUGCCAAUAGUAGACAACGUUUAUCCAAAACCUCAAUUUCAACCACCAGGGGUUCCAGCUGAUCUUGCUCCAAGGAUUCAAAAACUUCAUGGACAUCCGAUAGUUUGGUGGGUUGGUCAAGUACUGAAAUUUUUGAUGCGACCUCAAGAUAAUAUGAAUAGAGUAAUUAAUUACUCGAAAGAAAAGCUUGGUUUUGAAAAACCAAUUGUUGGAGUACAUGUAAGAAGAACAGAUAAAGUUGGCACUGAAGCAGCGUUUCAUGAUAUUGAUGAAUAUAUGGUAAAAGUUAACCAGUAUUACGAUCAAUUAGAAACUGAACCGCCUGUUAGACGAGUUUUUAUUGCGAGUGAUGACCCGAAAGUUAUACUAGCUGCUAGGAAACGAUAUUCAAGAUAUGAAAUUAUAGGAGAUCCUGCUGUAGCAGAAACUGCAUCAGUUUCCAAACGAUACUCUGACUCAUCUUUACAUGGAAUUAUUGUCGAUAUUGUUCUUUUAUCACUUUCUGAUCAUUUAGUCUGUACAUUCAGUUCUCAAGUUUGCCGUGUUGCAUAUGAACUCAUGCAAACUUACCAUGUUGAUGCUCAUGAUAAAUUUACAUCUUUAGAUGAUGUUUACUAUUAUGGAGGUCAAAAUCCUAACCCUCAGGUUGCUAUUUUGGAUCAUUCUCCUACACACGUUGGAGAAAUAGAAUUAAAAAUUGGAGAUAAAAUUGAAGUUCAUGGAAACCAUUGGGAUGGUUAUUCGAAAGGAAGAAAUUUAAGAACUGGUGUAACAGGUCUGUUUCCCAGUUUUAAAAUAAAAAAUACUGUAUCUGUUGUUGAAUUUCCAAAAUAUCCUCAGGUAACUCUUUAAUUCAAGUGAUUGAAAACCGAAUUCUUUAUAAAAAUCAGAGUUUUUUUUAAAUUUUAUGUGCAAUUUGGAUAAAUAUUUCACGUGUUACGCACAUUUGGAUGAAUUUGAAUAUUUGCAUUUAUAAAUUAAUUUUUAAAAUAGCUAAACUAAGUUUGACAUUGUCUUAUCCGAAGAAUUCACAAGACAUGACGUAUACUAAAAUAGAUAAAUUUAAUAUAAAUAUUGCAAUGAAUUCAAUUGUAAUGAGAAAAUUAUUUUUUUCUAUUAUGCUGCAAGAUUUUUAAAAUAUUUA